AUGGCCCCGACAUUACAAGACGUUACCGGUCUCAAGGACUUGGUCAACCAGUUGCAGGACAGGAUCACCAAAAUUGAGCGGAGCAUGAAGGGCGAGAACCCCACGGCUGCCGAGACGGUUCGGAUGAUUCUCAUGGGACCUCCUGGUGCUGGAAAGGGAACCCAGGCACCUAAGAUCAAGGAGAAGUUCUGUGCCUGCCACUUGGCUACUGGCGACAUGCUGCGCUCGCAGGUCGCGGCAAAGACCCCGCUGGGUCUGGCGGCGAAGAAGAUCAUGAACGACGGAGGUCUCGUCAGCGAUGAGAUUAUGAUCGGAAUGAUCAGACACGAGCUCGACACCAACGCCGAGUGCAAGAAUGGCUUCAUCCUCGACGGAUUCCCCCGAACAGUCCCCCAGGCCGACCGCCUCGACGCGAUGCUCGAAGCGCGCGGCGACAAGCUCGACCACGCGAUCCAGCUCGAGAUCGACGACGCCCUCCUCGUCGCACGUAUCACUGGCCGUCUCGUCCACCCCGCGUCUGGCCGCUCCUACCACCGCAUCUUCAACCCUCCCAAGGACGACAUGAAGGACGACGUUACCGGCGAGCCGCUAAUCCAGCGCUCGGACGACAACGCCGAGACCCUCAAGAAGCGCCUGGGAACCUACCACUCGCAAACGGCGCCUGUUGUCGACUACUACAAGAAGAAGGGCAUCUGGCGGGGAAUCGACGCUAGCCAGGAGCCCGGUCAGGUGUGGAAGCAGCUGCUUGGUGUCUUCGAUGAGAAGAAGACCACGACGAGCAAGGUGAUGGAGGCGGUCGGUCUGAAGAAAUAG